AUGGCGUCUGUCGCCCAGCCAUGGCUGAUCUCAAAAUUCAUUGACCCUAUCUUCGCCGUCUGUGUCGGCCUCUCUGCAGCAGCCGUGCGAAUCCGCCGCGAAGAGAGAGAAAAGUACCCCGACCAAGACUCCAGCUUCCCUGCCCUGUGGCAGAAAGGCGUCACGAUGGCGCGGAGCUACUACGCGCGCGAGGUGAAAAGUGACAGCAAGUGA